AUGCAGCAGAAUUCAGUGCUUUCCGAUGCGUCCCCGGCGUCCCCGAUCGCGGACAAAGCCCGAGCAUGUAUCCGCCUUUUCCAGCGACUUUCUCUUUCCAUCGCUCGAAGCCAUGGUGCUGUUCACGGUAUCACUAUGGGCCAGGUGAUGGCCUACCGCAUGCAGUUUGAGAUCUGGACCACCAGCAGUGGCGCCCUUCAAUCCGUGCCCGCAACCUGCUUCCUAGAUUCCAGAUUAAGCAAAGAUCCCAAGGUGUCGGCCAUGUUUAUCAUGGUGCUAGAUCAUGUCAUCGAAGCCCUGGAGGAUGUUUUGGCGAUGGCUUCCGACGGAAGGAAAAACAGAGCUGGUAAAUCUUUCCUAAGAAUAGUCAUGGAGGCGGUUUUCAAGCCUACUUCGGAUAUCCAGAAGAGCUUUCAGUCAAUACCCGAGUUCAUCAAGAGGCUCUUCAAGCUCUCGCUUCUCAUUACACAAUUCCCCAUGGCCGCAUGA